AGAGGGGCAGGGAGGCUGCUGAGUGACUGACAAGCCUGUCAACCAGGUGGAGUUAGGAGCAGUCCAGCAGGAAUUAAGACAAUGACAUAGUUGUGUUUGUGUUGCUGAGUGUGUUACUGGAUCACACCUGAUCACUUCACUGACAGAGAGGCAACUUCAGGGCCCUGUUGACUCCCAACUCCAGCACCAGCACCAGACUUGACAAAGUGGAAUUUCCCUCCUCUUCCCUGGCUGGAGCCGGGGGCAGAUGGUCGCUCUGAGAGUCUGAGCAAAACUCAGGAAGGAGCAGUGAGAGGAAGGGUGGGAGGAGGUCCGGAGAGGGAGAGGGAGAGGAAGAGAAACGAGGAGUGGACAGAAGAGGAGACAUGCUUCGCUACGGUUCAGGACGAACUGUUUCCACCACCACCACCACAACAGAGGACUCUCCAGAGUCUUCAAGUGAGAGGAGGAUCAGACGCCUUCGCUUAACUCUACACGCGGGAGACAAUGGCAUCAAGGAGCCAAACACUUCAAACUCAGACACAGCUGAGAAAGAGAAGACCGUCAAUGGGACAUGGAAGAAGAAGAAUGGGCUGAUCCAAAGAGAGAGGCCAGCUGGCAGGGAGUCACCCCAGCAGCAGCUCGGAGAUAUGACCAAUGGGGCGCCAGAAACCUCGCUGCAGCAUCAUGGGCCCAAAGUGUACGGCGUAGUGCAGAGGAUGGGUUCGGACAGACAGCAGGAGGUGAUGGCGCGCGAGUGGGCAGCCAGUCACCUUCAGGAUGAGAUGAAGUACAUCAGGGAGGUGAGAGAUUCUUUGGAGAAGGUGAGAGAGCGGAUGUACGGGCAGUUUGGAGGAAUGCAGCAAUCAAUGCAGAAGCUCUCACAGGAAAUCAGGGCUGCCAACGCACAUCGCAGGAGUCUGGAGUCAGAGGUGAGGGUCCGGACUGCAGCCAUGGAGAGCUUCGAUCAGAUGAACAGCUCCCUCAUAUCUUCUAACCUCAGCCUACAGUUUCCUUUGCAGAAAUCCCUUCUGGAGAACUGUCAGAAAAGAGUGGACACUAGAGACGAGGUGAAGAGUUUACGAAGCACCUGUGAGAAAACACAACAAGAGCUCAGAGAUAAAGAGAAGGAGCUGGCGGCGGCGCAGGUUGAAAACCAGACUUUGAGACUGCAGGUGGAGUCUGCACGGGAAGCUAACAAUCAGGCGCUGCAGGAGCUCUCAGCAAAGCUAGAGCGGGAGUACGAGGAGAAGCUGCUGGAGGAACAACGGAAACACAGGGAGGAGAUCGAAAAGCUACAGGCCCAACUUGAUGAAUACAUCAGGCGACUGGAAGAAGCAGAGAGAAACAUCAGGAUUGCAGAGGCCAAAAUUGCAGAGAGGGAUCAGAGGAUCAUUGAGGUGGAGCGUCUGCUGGAGUGUAUGGGAAAGGAAAAAAGUCAGCUCUACAAGAAGCUGCAGGAAACUGAACAGCGACUCCGCUUGCUGGAGUUGACAGACAAAACUGAUGCAACUAUAGCCAAAAGGUCCAAAGAACUGCAAUCUGAAUCUGUGGAUCUCAAAGAGAGAAUCAAACACUUGAACGACAUGGUGUUCUGCCAGCAGAGGAAAGUCAAAGGAAUGAUUGAGGAGGUUCAAUCACUGCGAGCUCAAGUUGCUCAGAAGGAUAUGUUCAUCUCAGAGCUUCUGGACAGAAUUGCAAUAGUGGAGUGUGAGAAUAAUGAAUUAGAAGACAAGCUGAAGUAUUUUAUGUCCACACAGAAUAGACCCCGAGAGGUUUUGGAAACCAGGGAGAUAGGAGUAGGUUGUGAUCUACUCCCCAGCCAUGAAGCAAAAAGGCAUGAUGUUGAACCUCUUGUUCAUGAACCUACUCAUCUCCAUACCAUGCAACACGCACCACCUGCUCAACCUCCACCACCAGUGACACCUACAUCACCCACUCUACCUCCAUCUCCCACACAACCCCUAUCCCCAAUACAACCUUCAUCCCCAACACAACCUUCAUCCUUCACACAACCUUCAUCACCUACAUCUCCCACCAUAAAUCCAUUCCACUACCUUACAUCACCCACCCAACCAAGGACGUUCAAGGCUAACAACCCUCCACCCAGCAGGCUGGAGUCCAGUUUACUGAGGUACACUCCUGUCCAGUACAGCCGCUACCUGCAGUCCAACCUCACAGUAUCGAAUGGGAUGUUCCCCUACAGUUCCCCAUCUGAAUCUGAGACUCCUGCAAAUCCGGUCCAGUCCGGGACAGAUGAAGUGGACACAGACACAAACACAGACACACGAUCAAGUCCUGAGGAAUCCACUUCUUCCCUAUCCUCUUUGCAACCAAGAUCAAGAGCACCUCAAGUUUACACGCCGUUUAUGAAACUCAUGGAAAUAACUGCAAAGUUAAAUAUAGAUUGAUCUUGAAGUAAGAGUUUGACAUUUUAGGGGAUACUUUUAUUCGCUUCCUUGUCGAGAGUUAAAUGAGAAGAUUGAUGCCUUUAAAACUCAGUCGUCUUUUUAGUUUUUCUUUUUAAAACUAACAGUUUGUGACACAGAGGUGAUUUAGUCCUUUCUUUGUCACUUUGGAAAACAUGGUGUAAAAAGUCAGAUGUAGGUUUUCAGCGUAGCACUAAUAAUGAAAUGUUGCUUGUUGUAGGGUGUAAAUAAUCUGAUUCUCUGUAAAAAAUAUAUUUUUAAGUAAUGUACUGAAGGAUUAUAUUUGUUUUGUUUACAGUGAAUGUAGCCUACUUAUGAUGCUCGUGGAGCUUUGAGUAUUCAGUCCUAUAUAAAGAUUGAAACUGUAUGUGUAUUCCAAUCAUUUUAUAUCGGCUCUGUACAAAUGACAUGAAUGUUAUUUUCUUAUUGUUGCAUUAUGUACAAAAUAUUUAUUAACAUGCUUUAUGCCUUUGUAUACAGCCUACUAUCUGAUACCGGUGGUGGGAGUGAAUCUCUUUAAAUUGGCAACAGGGUAAUAUAGUAAUUUAAUGUAAAUUAAAUUUCUGAACUGUUGAUAAGACUGUUCAAUCACUUUAAAGAUAAAUGGACCUUACUGAGGUGACUGCCAUUCCUGAGCCACAGGCACAAGUAUUACCCAGCUGUUGUCUGCACUGCCACAACUGUGUUUGAAAAAGCUUUAUGAUGUGCCUUUUCCUUAACGAUACAUAUCAAACUGCAACUAAUGGUAAGAGGCCAGUGUAUCUUUGGAUAAAAUAAAAGAAUUUACUGUAUAAGUACAAA